AUGCCUUCCUCGCCCGACCCGGAAAAGGGUGCCGGAGCCGGAGGCAACUGGAGGUCACCAACCCCAUCCCUGCACAGAAACAACGACAAGACCAGGUCAGGCACCAAACCAGCAUCUGGACAUCCAUGCGACGAGUCCGACUCGUCACACGAUGUCUUGGAGAAGGCGCUGCGCCGCGACACCGACUACGAAAUCGAGGAGGCGUCUGUCGCGGGUGAGCCGCUGUCACCCGUUCGAACAGAAGCCAGCACUGCCUCUCGGCCACCCGAUUUCGAGGUCGAAUUCAGCCCAGACGACCCCGAGAACCCGAGGAAUUGGUCCAAGUGGUAUCGUGCCUGGGUCAUGUUUGUCGUCUCCAUCUCGUGUUGGAUCGUGGUCCUGUACAGCACCAGCUACACCGCCUCGAUCCCGGGUCUCAUGGAGGAAUACAACGCCUCCAAAUCGUACACGGCAUUGGGAGUCACCACGUACCUUCUUGGUCUCGCGACAGGAAGCCUUGUUGUUGCUCCGCUGAGCGAGCUCUAUGGUCGUCGCAAGAUCUAUAUUGUGUGCAUGGUUUUGUCAACAAUUAUGAUCAUUCCCUGUGCCCUCGCGACAUCACUGGAACAAAUGUUUGCCUGCAGAUUCGUUGGAGCCAUGUUUGGUGCUGCUUUGAUCUCCAAUAGCCCGGGCACUAUUGUCGACAUCUCCACCGAGGAUCGCCGCGCCAAGUACAUGUCGCUAUGGUCUAUUGCGCCUCUGAACGGACCAGUGACUGGACCCAUUAUUGGCGGUUUUGUCUUUCAGUAUCUUGGAUGGAGGUGGUGUAAUUGGCUCGUGCUCAUCAUCGCAGGUGUUAGCAUCAUCAUGAUGUUUACCGUCAAGGAGACGUAUGCUCCAACCCUGCUCCAACGGAAGGCGGCCAAGAUACGCAGGGAGACAGACGACCCUCGGUGGUGGUGCAGGUAUGACGCCAAGGUAUCCAAGGUCGAGCUCAUCAAGACGAACAUGAGCCGCCCUUUUAUACUAGCCGCGACAGAGCCGAUUCUGUGGGCUGCCAACAUCUGGAUCUCUGUCAUCUACGCCAUUCUCUACCUCUGCUUCAUCGCCUAUCCCAUCGUCUUUUCUGAGCACCGAGGCUGGGGCCCUGGCACGUCGGGCCUCGCGUUCCUCGGCAUCGGCAUAGGCACGCUCAUGGCCAUCUUUGCCGAGCCCCUGCUCCGCCGUAUCGUCAACGCGCAUCGACACGACCCUGCGACUGGCCGUCCCCUGCCCGAGUCUGCCGCCCGCAUCAUGGUCCUCGGCGCCAUACUCACGCCUCUCGGUCAGCUCGUCUUCUCCUGGACGUGUCUGCCCGUCACGAUACACUGGGCCAUCCCCAUCGCCUUUGGCAUCCCCUUCGGCGCCGGAAACACUCUUUCCUUUAUCUAUGGAUCUAACUAUCUCGCUGGUGCCUACGGCAUCUACGCCGCCUCGGCCCUCGCCGGCAAUGCUGUCAUUCGCAGUAUCGCUGGCGGGGUACUGCCGCUCGCCGGCACGGCCAUGUACACAACGUUGUCACCACAGUGGGCGGGGACGCUGCUGGGGCUGCUCGAGGUUGCGCUCAUACCGGUACCACUGGCGUUCUGGAGGUACGGCGAGAGGAUUCGCGCGAAGAGUCCGUUGAUCAGACAAAUGAGAGAGGAACAGGAACGACUUGAGAGGCGCAAGGCAAGGGCAGAAGUGAGAAGGGAAAAGGCGGAGGGCGUGCAGGAUUGUGCUGGAAAGCAGACUGUUUGA